AUGCAUGUAAGUGUGCUUGUAUGUGUGUUAUACACUAGUGUUGUGUUGGCCAUCUCAUCUUCUAUACAGUCUGCUCCAUCAACAGGAAUGACAUACACCGCAGUGAUAGAUGCAGGCUCAACAGGAACAAGGCUCGAAGUAUAUGGAUUUGUAGGACAAGAAAUCAGGCAUCAAGGAUUAUUUACAAACACACCUGGAAUCGCAAGCAUGGAAGAGGACAGUAAAAUAAAAUCAUCGCUGGAAGAAUUGCUCAUGCAUGCUCAGCCAUUCUACAAUAAUAUUAAGACAAUUCCUAUGGGGUUUUAUGGAACGGCUGGACUUCGAGCAUUGGAUACUACGCGUACAGAUCACAUUCUUGAGCUCAUAAGGAACGAAUUGAAUGAAUACAACCUUAAAGAAGCAAAAAUUGUUAGCGGAGACGAGGAGGGCAGGCUUGCACUGAUGUCAUUGUUAAUAUCAAGUAAGGAAAUGGGAAACAACAACAACAAAACUGUUGGCGUCGUAGAUAUGGGCGGUGCAAGCACACAGGUUUCAGUACUGAAAAAUAACGGGGAAAUCCUUUCAGACUCAAUCAAUCUUGGCAUAACAGCAAUCAACAAUGCUGAUGAUAUGGAGGAUUGUGCAGUCAAUAGCCAGGAACAACAAGAGUCCUGUGCACAGAAGAUCAUUGCAAAGCUCUUGAAUGUACAAAGCAGACCAAUUCUUAAUAACAUUGACAGUCUGUAUCUGCUCUCAUACUUCCAUGAUGAAUUCACAAAGAUUGUACGAGGCACAGAAACAAACAUGAGGGAAAUAAAAGACCAGUUCUACAAGAAAUGCAGUCUUUUGGAUUCAUCCGACUGCAGAAACAUCUUCUAUCUGAUUUCAUUCAUCAAUGCCCUUGGCAUCAACGACCUCAAGGAUAUCAAGAAAAUAGAUACAAAUAACGGAAUCAAUAUUUCCUGGGCAUCUGCAAAAGGCUAUGAACUCAACAAAAUAUACAAUAAAUAA